GAAAACAAUGGUGUCGUUUAGGUAGAAGAACAAGAAAACAUCACACAAACAACAAAAGAAAAAUGUUGGAUUUUCACUUGUUUAUAAAGAGGAUGAUUAGGAGAAGAUUAAGUUAAGAUUAGCGAUGGGUUCUCCAGUAGUUUCACCAUUAGUAAGCCUUGUGGUGAGAGUGUUUACAAUAAUCCUUAUAGUGGCUUCUCUCAUUGUUCUUGCAACUGAUAAUAUUACUUAUGAGCUUGGUUUCUAUGGUAACUCUUAUCAGCUUAAGUUCACUGAUAUUUAUGCUUACCGUUACAUGCUUUCUGUGAUGGUUAUUGGGUUGGCGUGGAUUCUCCUCCAAUCUGCCUUCACAAUCUUUCAUUUUAGCUCUGGGAAUCCCUUUGCUGGUGAGGCUUUAUCCCAUAUCGAAUUUUAUGGGGACAAGGUAAUUUGCAACUUGCUAGGCACAGGUGCGGCGGCCGGUUUUGGAUUAACGAUUGACGCAAAACGAGCAUUAAAACUGGAUUCCAUCCAAAAUGAUUUCUUCAACAAAGCUAACGCUGCUACAAGUCUUCUCCUUAUUGCCUUCUUGUUGUCUGCUAUUUCCUCUGUGUUUUCUUCCUAUAAUCUCCCCCCCAAGGCUGUAAUCGCUGAAGCCACUCCGGCCACCCCUCCCACCGCUUAAUGCCGCCGUCAAUCCGCCGCUUUCCGCCUGAUUAUUCACAUUUAACAGUUGGAGAGAUUGAUUUUGUUUGUCAUUUUGAAUGAUAUAAAUUUCCAUAUUUGUUUCCCCCG